AUGUCUUAUCUAUACCCAAUACCAAAAAAGGAAGACUGGGAAUAUGACCUAAACAAAACUAGACCUAUAGUUAUAAUGGAACCAUCUGAAAAAUAUACAUCCACAAUAACACCAAUACAAAUUCUUAACAAUACCAUAGAACAUGUCAAUCAACAUAAAAUACCUUUAUACAUUUUUUUUCGAGACAUGUCAAAAGCUUUUGAUAAUGUAGACCAUCAAAGACUUAAAAUAGCAUUAAAAUGUAUUGAACAAGGUGAUCCACUCUCACCAAUUAUAUGGAAAAUAUUUUACGACCCUAUUUUAGCACAUAUUACCAAUAAUUAUGAAACAGACCUGUUAACUAUUAAAACAACUUCACCUGAACAAAUAAAUAUGCCAAAUAAUCAUCAUAUCACUAGUUUCAAAAAUAAUAAAGGUGAUCUUCUUAACAAACAAGCUGAUAAAUUAGCAAAAGAAGGGCAUAAUAUUGAUCCUAUAACAUAUAAUUAUGAUUCAAUCAAAAAUUUUACUGAAGCUAAAUGGAAUGGGUAUGAAAUUCCUGUCAAAACUAAGUUGUUGUUAUCCGGAAAAUUUACCACAUUGAUGUCACAUAAAUAA